UGGCAGCCAUGGAAACCGUUGGACGCCAAACAUGGCGCGGUGGAUGCUAAUGCGCUAGAAGAAGCUACCACAGCUAGCAUCUCUAAACGCUACAUCUGGUCCUAAAUACACGUAAAGGCGAUAUUAGAGACAGAUAGAAGGAUAUUGCUUUAACGAAGCCUGGUUUUAUUUGCCUUUUAUUUGUGAAUUUAUUUGUGAAUGUUUUCUCAGUUUAGACCACUCGGUUAGCAUCUGCGCUAGCUUUAGCAUCCCUCUACACCGAUGGCUUUCUAUGAAGUGUACUCUCACCCGGUUCUGGUUCGGUACAGAUCCAGCGUGUGUACCAAAGCCACCCUGUUCCUGGUGGUGGUUCUGUGCCUCACAUACAUCGCACCUCUGUUGGUCGCUUACAGAAGCCAAGGUUUCUGGAUUAAAAGAAACAUUUAUGAAGAACAGCCUGUGGUCAGAUUCCAGUACCAAACGCUGCUGGUGGCAGCAACCAGUUUACAAGGAGACUAUGUUGCCUGGAGCACGUUCCCUCAUCUCAACAACAUGCUUGGGUCUAACCUAAGGAUUCCUGCUGUCUCUGUGAGAGAAGAGGACCAGAACCAAGAUGGGAAGUUGGACCUUUUGACAUUUCAGCUGCAGCUUCCUCUGAAAGCUGAUGAACAAGUCUACAGUGUUCAGCUGCUGCUCACCUUCAGCUACCAGCUCUUUCGGAUGUCCACGGUGGUGAUGCAAAGCCUGGCGUUUGUGCAGCACUCCUCUCCUGUGCCUGGAGCAAAGCUGUUCAUCAGCGGAGACCUGAGGCUGCAGCAGAGGACACCCCUACCUCACUGGGGGCUCUACAACAUUUACAACGUGUCGGUGAUCGACGGCUCCAGCCCUUUUGCGAGUGCGUACGACCUGACCAACGUUAUGAGAAGCUACCAGGAGAGAAACUUAACGACGGUGUUGUCCAGCCCAACACCAGUCUGGACUGUGGGACGAGCUGCUGGCUCCCCCUUUGAGCUUCAUACUGAAAUCCGGUAUCCCUUGGAGAUCAUCAGUUAUCGUCCCGGCUUCUGGGAAACCAUCAAGUUGGCCUGGAUCCAGUACGUCAGCAUCCUCCUCGUCUUCCUUUGGGUCUUUGAACGCAUCCAGAAAUUUGUUUUCCAGAACCAGGUUAUCAGAACUGUACCUAUACCUGUGGGAAAACCUCACCUUUCCUGAAAUAGGGAUAAUACAUUUUCUAUAGGAUUAGACUGAAAUUUGAAAUCUACACGUUUUCUCAUAUAACUCCAUAUCUUUGACAUUAGUUUUUUAACUUCAUGUUUGUGUUACUAGCGCUAUGGUAAAAGUGAAAGAGUUGACCCUUUCAGCUUGAGACAUUUUAUCACAUUGUUACAAAAAGUCUGCACAUCUUCAUCAGUGAUGAUGAGUUUGACACCACGAAUAACAUCUGGUGAGACCAGAACUGCAAAGAAGAAGUAAUAGAACAUGUUUGUGUUUCUCAAACUGCUGUGUCCGGCCAACACUCAUCCAUGCAUUAUAAAUCUGCUCUGAUAUUACACAAACUGAUGACAGCAUGCAGGUUUUAUCUCAAGACACAGCUGUUAUACAAGGAGGAGGUAAAAAUAUAAAACAAUGAGUUGGUUGCAUUUUCCUGCACCUGUGAGGUCAGUAUAGACAUCCUAAAAGGCCUUUUCUUCCUGCAGCAACUGGAUUGCAAGGGCACAGCCUCAGUUUUGGGGGUUUGUCUUUUUUGUUAUCACAUUACAAGAUUAAACUCACCAGCUGUGUCUGGUAGAUAACCCUAGAAAACAAACACCUACAUUUCAGUAUCUAAAAUGUCUGGACUUGUUGCAGUAGGUACAGUCUGUUUCUGGCUACUUUUUGCUAAUUAAUCAGAAGACUGAUAAGACUUUUCUCUGUAACAAAAACUUGACAAGAAAAGCAAAUUUAUUCUCUUUCACGUUUCUAUUGUUUUUCUUUGUAAUAACUUAAUGAACCUCCGUUGUCUUAAAAAUUAAUUAUUCUUCUAUUACUGUUGUAUUAUAUCAUUUAAAAGGCAUCGAUUUUGUGAAUAAAUGUUCUAUGUUUAUGCAUUUCAUUUGUUUAUUACAUGUUUUAAAACAGUUUAUGAUAAAAUAAAAAAAUGGUUUUGUACUGUA